UAUAAAAAUGCUAGGGCUCUGUUUAUAGUCCUUCCACCGAAACUAAAACAAAUUCACCUUCUUCCUUCCAACCCACCAACAAACCCCUCUCUCUCACUCUCUCUCUCUCAAAGUUGUUUUUGUCGCUGGGAGAAGUUCAACAGGAGCAGUUGAGUCAAACCGAGUGAGACAUGUCAGGAAGGAAAGAAACGGUUCUGGAUUUGGCAAAAUUUGUUGACAAAGGGGUUCAAGUCAAGCUUACUGGUGGCAGACAAGUGACAGGAACUCUGAAAGGAUAUGACCAAUUACUUAACCUUGUCUUGGACGAAGCUGUAGAGUUUCUAAGAGAUCCUGAUGAUCCACUGAAAACUACAGAUCAGACCAGAAGUCUUGGCUUAAUUGUUUGUAGAGGAACUGCUGUCAUGCUUGUGUCCCCAACUGAUGGUACAGAUGAGAUUGCAAACCCCUUUAUUCAGCCAGAUGGGGCCUAGGUGUGAAAUGUGUGUACAAAACACCUAAAUUUUAUAUGUAUCUGAUCAAUCCUCUCAUCAUUUUAGUUAACAACCUGCUUAGUAUUCACUCUUCUAUGCGUAAGUGGAUUAAGGCAUUACAUGGAUAGAUUUAAUCACAUUUUUUUUUUAAUUAUGAAAACCCAUUGCAUUUGGUUUUACUGAUUAAAUUGAACUUCCUGUAAUGUUAAACCGGAUGCUUAGUUGACUAUGAUUUAUUGUUGUUCCCAUU